UUUCUGGGAAAAUCAUUAGAGGAUUAUGUCUCAAAACUACCGGUUCGGGUGAUAGUUCUACGAACGGGCAAACGGUCGGGUCUAAUACGGGCCCGACUUAUAGGCGCUAAGGAAGCCAAAGGACAAGUCCUUACUUUCUUAGACUCGCACUGCGAGUGCACUAUAGGAUGGCUCGAACCACUACUCACCAGAAUCGCAGAGGACAGAACUCGAGUCGUAUGUCCUAUAAUUGAUGUGAUAAGUGAUGAGAAUUUUAAAUACAUCCCGGCCUCUGAUAUGACUUGGGGUGGAUUUAAUUGGAAACUCAACUUC